CGCCCGUUCCCACGGCGACCGGGUGCCAGGCUCCAGCAGCCAGUACAGAGCGGCUGCGACGCCUUCAUGAGCGGGGCCGGGCUGGCGGCCGGGGCGCGGCCCCUCAGCUCCGCGGCCCCAGGCUCCCGGGGUGCGGCCCGCCUACGCCCGCGCCCUCCCGCCGGCCUGCAGCACGCGGGGACGCAGCCGCCUCCGCUUGGGCUCAGCGAAGCACAGAAGCGGAUCCUGGACCUGGAAAAGAGCCUGCAGUUCCUACAGCAGCAGCACUCGGAUACGCUAGUCAAACUCCACGAGGAGAUCGAGCACCUGAAGCGGGAGAACAAAGACCUCCACUACAAGCUAAUCAUGAACGAGAAGCCCCAGAAAAAAGGCAGCGUCUCCACGUGGAGCCUUCACUCUGGCAAGUCCGCCUCCAAUUCCACGACAUCCGCCAACUCUCAAGGCAAGACCAGGCCCCAGCCCAGCUCCUUCAAGAAACAAGAGCUGAAGUCUGACGCCCUCCAAAAGACAGACCUGGAAGAGCAGUCACUCAGCAGUGCUGCCCUGUCCCACAGCAGCAAGCUGGACAAAGUCCCUGGGGCUCAGGGACAGGCCAAAGACGAGGAUGCAGAGGCCUCUAAUUCAGGGGCCACGUUGGUGGGGGGCAGCCAUGGCCGGCAAGGGACAGGGAUGGCCCCCUUAAUGAGCCUGCCCCCGCACCUGCGCAAGCCUACCACAGUGCAGCAGUGUGAGGUGGUCAUCCGUCAGCUGUGGAACGCCAACCUCCUGCAGGCCCAGGAGCUACAGCAUCUCAAGUCACUCCUGGAAGGGAACCAAAGGCCCAAAGCUGCAGCUGAGGAGGCUGGGCUGGGCUCUCCAAAGGACCAGGACUCCAUGCAGUUUCCCAAGGUCACCGCCAAGAGCCUUAGUAAGAAGUGCCUAAUUCUGAGCCCAAUGCCUGCUGCAGAGCGCGGCAUCCUGCCUGCCCUGAAACAGAGCCUGAAGAACAACUUUGCUGAGCGGCAGAGAAGGCUGCAAGUGGUGCAGAGCCGCCGCCUGCACCGCUCCGUGCUGCUGAGCCGGCGCCCUGGAGCCCGGCCGUCCUCUCUCGAUAGCGGGUCACACCAACCCUAUUUCGCAGCCACACGCAAUUCCAAAACAGAUAGAACCCACGACAGAUAAAAGCACUUGCUCUCAGAAAUGAGGAGACUGUCUAUUUUCUCUAUUUUACUAUUCCUGCAUUUAUGCAAAGGCACAUAAUAAAAUGUUACUGUCCUUCUACCUGUAGACUGAAAAUAAAAAUUGUUUCUCCAAA